CUCUACUGCAAAAUUAUUACUAGAUAAUCCUUUAUAUCCUCUUACCUCUCGUCACAUCAAGGUGUUUUGAUAUUUAUUCAGACAAUGAAAUGUUUUGCCACGGUUUAUUCUUGACUGCCCGUUUGUGAGCUGGAAGUAAUAGCUUAAUAUUAUCAAUGGAAUGGGCCCUUGUAAUUACGCAUAAACGUUAAAACAUUAACAAGAAAUCCUGUAGGAAAACCAAUGUGUAGUUCUGCCAAAGCCUACAGACUACUCGGGAAACUACAAUCCCAAGAUCCCAUUCUGGACAUAGCAUCUCUGAAGCGAGAGAAGGUGCAGCGGUACACAUUUCAGAUCAGCAGAAGCUCAUUCAACAAUCUAGCUGCGGUGCAGCUCUACCACAGCCGUCAAGAUAUUUUUCAUCAUGGUGCUCGUAUUCAUUUGCAUAAGCUUUGGGGUAAUUGGACUGCUUAUGAUGUUGCUGUUCCCGCAUAUUAGGAAAUAUGCGGCUGGCGGAGUGUGUCGUUCCCAGGCCCGCCUCGAUGGAAAGACUGUACUAAUUACUGGUGCAAAUACAGGAAUUGGGAAGGAGACGGCAGUAGAUCUGGCAAGCCGUGGAGCCCGGGUGAUCCUGGCGUGCCGGGAUGUGGAGAAAGGCGAGAUAGCAGCAGCAGAGAUCCGCACUAGAGUUGGUGGUGCCAAGGUGGAGGUUCGGGAGCUUGACCUGGCAGACACGAGUUCCAUACGAGCAUUUGCUCAGAAGUUCCUCAAGGAGGUCAACCAUUUGCACGUCCUGAUUAACAAUGCUGGAGUGAUGAUGUGCCCUUACAUGAAAACUGCAGAUGGCUUUGAGAUGCAGCUUGGAGUCAACCACCUUGGCCAUUUCCUACUGACAUACCUCCUGAUUGGUCUUCUGAAGAGGAGUGCACCAUCACGCAUUGUGGUUGUCUCAUCACUGGCUCACUAUUUUGGCUGGAUUCGUCUUCACGACCUAAUGAGCCAGGGCAGCUACAACAGUGGACUGGCAUACUGUCAAAGCAAGCUGGCAAACAUACUGUUCACCCGAGAGCUCGGACCCAGGCUACAAGGUUCCAAAGUGACCGUGAACUCGGUGCACCCAGGAUCGGUGCGCUCAGAGUUGGUCCGCCACUCGACUGUAAUGUCCCUGCUGUUCACAUUCUUUGGCAUGUUCCUGAAGACACCGCAAGAAGGAGCGCAGACUUCCAUCUACUGCGCUGUGGCUGAGGAGCUGGAUUCCAUCUCCGGCAAGCACUUCAGUGACUGUACCCCAGCCUUUGUAGCCCCUCAGGGUAGGAGCGAAGAUACAAAGCGAAAACUUUGGGAUAUCAGCUGUGAUCUGCUGGGAAUCGAGUGGGACUGAUCUCUCUUUCUGCCAUCCUCCCCCCUCUCCCGACCCUCUAUUUUGAAUUUCCUUCCCUCAAAUGUGCCAAAAUCUGCCAAUUUGAUCCAUUCCAUCUAUGUGUGUUCAGUCUCCCACAAAAAAAGUGGCAGGGCUGAACAGCUGUGAAGGGUUCAAUGUUAUGAACCAAGGUUUGGGGUUAAUAAUGUAAAUCGCUCUUUGUUCAUGGAUUUAUGGACUAUUUUAAGAUGAGUUUUUCCUCCUUCACUUUUUGCCCGGUUAACUUGAAUGUUGCUUUUUUGUCAUUCAUCUCAGCAUUCACCACAUGUAAAGCUGCCUAGGAUUUUACUGAUGUCUUUUAUACAGAUAUGUGAACAUGACUUUUACUACCUUUACAUUGUUCAGAGUUGAAUAUUUAAAUAUAUAUUUACAAAACCACUGUUCAAUAGUGA